AUGAUGUUUAUGAAUGAUACUAGCUCCGACUCUCUCAAACUAUAUAAAUAUAUAAAUACUAAUACUACUACUACUACUACUACUACUACUACUACUACUACUACUACUACUACUACUACUACUACUACUACUAUAACUUUCUUUCUUUCUUUAUCUUGUUAUAUGAUUAUAUAUUUAUAA